UCUUUUUACGAAGAUGUGGAAGAAAAAGUGAUGAGGCUUCUAUCUAUACACUAUGAAGAAGCUAGUUUAGACGGUUUUGCAGAGAUUAAGUCGAAACUUGAUGAUGCAGUUCCUAUUCUAUUCUUAUGCGACGCACAGGCCGCUCGCCAUUCUAAUCUAAAACCUUCGUCACCUAAGGCUGUGAAAUAUGAGAAUGUCGUCACCAUAUUCACUAGGCAAUUAGAAGAUCAUGUGAGAGACAAUUGCGAUGAAACUGCAAAAGGUGUUACCAACUUGGGGAUUCCGCACUACACGGGAUGCGAGCCAAAGAACACCACCAUUGAAGAGGCAAUUUCUGCUGCUGCCGCUCAGGGUGGCCAAGGCUGCGGCAUGUACUAA